AUGGCUGAUAUCCCAGCUUUCAUUGAUCAAAUGAGGCAACUAUGUCUUGGACAGCAACACUUCCUUUCCGCGAAAAAAAAACCACAUCACUCUCCACUUUGGCAUCAACCCAGUCCCUCAUCCCAACCUGAACAUCCACCCACCCAGACUCAGGACAGGUCUCCAACACCCAAAGUUGGGGGCAAAGAGGGAUACCUCAAAGUUCUCCCAUUAACUGAUCGAUCCCAAAAUUCUGACGCCACUGUUUCUGUCGUUAGUCCCACAUCACGGGUCAAAGGUUUUGGGGACUUGGAUAAUGUGAGCUCCAGCGGAAUCUCUAUAGUAGAGACACACGUUGAAGGUGAAGCUUAUGAUGUCGUGAUUGGAGGUAUUGAAAAGGUUCCCGGCGGAUCUGUAUACGAGAAACAGCUCAACUUCCGCAAUAAGCAUGAUCGUGUUGUGAAACUCUUACUCAACGAACCUCGUGGCUGGUGUGGGAAAAAUGCGGUAUUCCUUCUCGACCCCAUUGAUCCCAAAGCAGGUCACUGUCUUAUCUUUGCGAGAUAUGAUGAAUACAUCCCCUUCUCCGUCUCGGGAAUCAUCUCUGCAGUCAAGGUUUUGGCAGAUGGUUCUCAUCCUGGAGGCCAACAAUUACGUUCUCGCGACAUCUAUCUUUUUGAGACUAUUGCUGGUCGGAUUAUGGCAGAUGUUGAUUACAAGGUUGUGGAUAACCGACAAGUGUGUAACCGUGUGACAGUCUACGGGGUGCCAUCCUUUGUCUUUGAAUUAGAUUACGAGGUUGAGGUGCCUCACUUUGGAACCAUCUCAGUCGAUAUCGCUUACGGUGGCGUGUUCUGUGCCUUUGUUGAGGUUGAAUCGAUCGGAUUAAAGAACAAUGAAAACCACGAUAAGCUAUUGAUGGAGGCUGGCGAGUUAAUCCAAAAGGCUAUUCAGCAAUCUCGAUCUGAUAUUAUUCAUCCCAAGAAUAACUCCAUUCGAGGCAUCACCAACGUUGUGUUUGUUGAGUCUAUCGAGCCGGAUAGAGAGGAUCGUUUUGGUACUAGUACUACGGUUGUGACGCCAGGUAGAAUAAAUCGCAGUCCCUCGGGAACGUCGCUGAGUGCUUGGCUUGCGGUCUUGUACAGUCGUGGUGAAAUCGAUAAUGAACCCCUGCGGAGCUAUACCGUCGAUGGUAGGGAGAUGGCUGGAAGUGUUCAUAGUGAGUGUGAGGUUGGUAGUUAUACCGGCAUUAACCCUUACAUUUGGGGGUCGGCCUGGGUUACCGCUGUAAAGCAUGUUGUAAUGGACCCGAAUGAUCCUUUGACAAAGGGACUCCCUAAAAAAGAAGAAGAUAAGCCAGCAAUCAUUGGGCUGGGUAUCGAGAUGGAGGGAUAG